AUUCGUCUGCAAUACUGACUGGGGUUAAAUGUGGCACGUGUAGAUUGAUCUAUCCAUGAGCUUUAGUUUAUUGCUCUACUCCUGUAAAAAAAUGAAACGCACUGGAUUGUGAAAGGUUUUCUUUUUAUUAGUAUUGGGUAUUUUUGCAGUGGGACAAGAUAAGUGAAAAUAACUUUCCAUAGAUAACAUCAGCUCAAGGUGCUAGGCACCCUUUCCGGUUUGUUGCUUACAUCAGAGUUUUUUGCUUGUUUUUUCCCUGCCUGUACUUUCAGCAGUCAUCAUGAUUGCAGUGAAAGGGCAACAUCCUGUUUCAGUUGAUGGUAUUUCCUAGAAAAUACCCUAUAUAUUUUGUGCUCAUCUGUUUAAGCGAACAAAAAUGACUUCUUAAUUCCUCUGAAUUGUGCCUUUCGUGUGAAGUAGCAUUGCCGGUCAACACAUUUCACAACACAACCAGAGGUUAAGCUGUCUGGUGUGGGUGAGACUGUGGUGAUAGCCAUGCGUGAUCAAUAUUUCCCCUCACCAAACCUCAAGCAACAGACGGUCAGUUUUUUCUGAUGUCUGAAGUUGUGUCUCUGCUGUCUCUUUAGCAAAUCUCAGAAUCAUGGAAGUCAUGCUUUUUAUGCUUUGCCUCUGAAAUGCAACAGAAGAGUUUAAAAUACUAAUUUCGGAGACACGUGGACAUUUCCAAGUUGUCCCAGGUUUCUCGCUAUGUAUCUCUGUUCCUUGCUGUUUUUAUGUUUGCUUGUUUGUUUGUUUUUGUUUUUGUUUUUUUUCAAAUUUAUGAAUGGUUAGAUUAAGAUAUUUCACUAGGUACAUUUUGGUUUAACAUUAUUAUUUACUUACAUGACUGAAAAAAUUGAUUGAAAACCGUAGCAUAACUAGCACAUGACCUGUUUAAAUGACUGCAUGUCAAUUUGUGAAAAUGUCACCCCAAAAAAAAAAAUCAGCUCUGGUUGUGUUAAAGUGUAACAGUGCGCAUGGUGACUUACAUCUGAUUGAAGCAGAUUAUUCAAAAGAAUAAAAUAAAACGCAUGAAUGUAUGAAUCAUUAAGAUCAAUAACAUGUAUUUAGAUAAUAGAUAGGGUGGUUUAUAUUUAGUGAUGACUUUGGUUUUAAAACAGUACAAACAAAAAUUGUCAUUUUGUUUUUUCCUUCAGACACUGAAAUGAAACAUUUCCAUGGCUGUACAAAGCAAAUCAAUAUUUAUUAAUGCAAGCACCAUUCAAUUUAUGAUUGUUUGUUGCUAAACAACUCACUGUAGAAUUCUAGCUAUGCAUUGUUUUGGUAUCGCAAAUUGGGGAGAUCACAGAAUUAUUGAACGAUAAAGAUAUCUGUAUUUGAAUCUGCCACAUGCCAGUGAUGCCACUGAAUUACUCACGCUGUGCUUCUCUCACACACACACACAUAUCCACAUCUCUCACACUUCCUUCCUCUCAGUCACUUAGUCAUUUUUACUGACAGUCCUCUUUCUUUAUGCUGCUUGUUGGUUCCGUAAUUGUAUACAGCUUCAGUGGAGUGUUUGUGAACUGCACGUCUUUCGAAUCUGGCACCCUAAAAGUGCCUGUAUUAGCAGAGAAGACUUUUUGCGGCUGAUAAAACAAUAACAGGGAGAGUGGCUUCUGAACCGGUGGAGGACACUGACCCCAGCAGCUUCAUUACAGAUAUGUCUCUGAGGUCAAAUUACCCCGUUCAGGUCACUGAUCCACAAGAUCCUGUAACCCUACAGCUCCGCUCUAUUCCCCCUGGGUAUUUGACUUCAGCAGUGGACAGGAUACGACAACCUGUGGAAAACGACAGUAGUGAAUUUAUUCCAUCAUCUUCUGUUUCAUCAGACUUCGGUAAAGAACAUAAGGCUUGUAAGGAGUGUUUAUGUUCUGCUCCUCCACCCAAAAUCAGUGACCUGAUGAACGAUGAAGACCUUCUGUACACUCUAAGGCUGAAGCUCGAUCCGACUCACUGCACUGUCAAAAACUGGAAGAACUUUGCAAGCCGCUGGGGAAUGAGCUACGACGAGCUCACGCUUCUAGAGCAGCGAACACAUGGUCCCAUCUACCACAGUCCCACUCAAGAGUUCCUCCUGCGCUACAACCAGAAACCUGUCAAGGAGCUCACCGAACUCUGCCAGCUUUACCAGCGCAUCGAUGUGCUUCGAUUGCUCCAGAGGUGGAUGGAGAACGACUGGCCCUCGCGCUGGCAGCAAGCCCAUUAGCUGGGACUUCACAAUAACUGGACCUCAAAGGACAAACGUGUUGGUAGAAACUGAAAUUCAUGACUGCAGGGAUGGACAGCAGGUCAGAACACACAUUACUGAACAGGGUGGUACAAAGCCAGUGUUUACGAGGUUGUACACUGGACGUAGUUUAUUUUUUGGUAACCUUUGGCUGGUUAUAUCACUCCAAAUGUCACCGACUGGUUAGCUGUAUUAGCUAUGUGCUAAAAUUAACAAAUAUAUGCACAGUGACAGUAGCUCCCCAGCACUUCAGGAGAAAACAGAAAGACCGCUCAGGUGUGAUUACUCAUUUAGAUUCUGUCUGGAAAUUCAUUGUGAUUCCGGUCAUACAGCAUUUAAUUUAUUUUAAUACAAACAGUCAUCUGAUAGAGGUGUGCCAGUGUUGGUGGUCUGAUGAAGUGUCCUUACAUUAGUAACAUAUACUAUGAGUCAUUGUUCUCUAUCUAAACUGGUUUAAGACAACCUUUCACAUUUAUUCUUGCCUGCAUUCUAGUAACAGGGUCAUUCUGGAAUUAAUGACACAACUGCAUCUCCUCUCUGUGUAUAAAAACUGAAUCUCCUUCAUUGUUUUACAUGAAUUUGAGCAUGUAAAACAUUGUGAUAUAUAUCAAAAUUCCCAUUGCACUGCUCACUGAGCUCUUGAAUUUAGUAUCAUGUUUGGUAUGAAUGGCACUUAUUUUUUAUUUUGAGACUUUAAGAAAGAUUUAUCAUGUCUCUGAGAAAGGAGUGGUAAAAUAGCAGUAUAACUGCAGAGAACAGUGGAUCUGGAAGUUGACUGGACUUUAUUGAAAAUAUUAGUUUAAAAAAUGCAGGGUGCCGCUGUUUCAAAAUGUAUGGUCAAAUGCACAAUGCAGGUAGUAGGGUAGAAUGUGACAACAUUACCUCUUCUAAACAAGACUUUAAAAAGUGUUUGGUUUUGUGCCAUGUACUCUACCUAGCUUUUUAUUUCCUGUGUCUAAAAAUGAAAGCCUGUUUAUGUGCAUCAGGGGUUCUCUGUUUAAAAAUAAAUCUUUUAUAUGCACAGUA